AAGCUGCUCUUUCUCUCUCUCUCUCUCUCUCUCUCUCUCUCACUCUCACUCUAUCUCUCUCUCUCUGUCUCACUCUCUCAUAUGAGAGGAUGCUGCAGCUCGUGUCUGCCUCAGUCAUGAUGUGAAACUCGCUCCUCUUCAGUAGCCUAACAGGUGUAGCUUAUUCAGCAAUGGAACUGCCUCCAUGCUCACACUCUCUGGAGUAAGGGCCGUGUGUCCAGGGGAAUAUGGGCACCCAUCAGUCCCACACACCAGUCGUGUUUGAGGAGGGAGAAGACGUUAAUUUUGACCACUUUCAGAUUCUCAGGGCUAUCGGAAAAGGGAGCUUUGGAAAGGUAUGUAUUGUGCAGAAGCGAGACACUAAGAAGAUGUACGCAAUGAAAUACAUGAAUAAGCACAAGUGUAUUGAGAGAGACGAAGUCCGAAAUGUGUUCCGAGAGCUGCAGAUCAUGCAGGGGCUCGAGCACCCCUUCCUCGUCAACCUGUGGUAUUCAUUUCAGGAUGAAGAGGACAUGUUUAUGGUGGUGGAUCUCUUGUUAGGGGGAGACCUUCGCUACCACCUGCAUCAGAACGUCCAUUUUAAAGAGGAAACAGUAAAGCUGUAUAUCUGUGAGCUCGCUCUAGCUCUUGAUUACUUACAAUCAUGCCACAUCAUACACAGAGACAUAAAACCAGACAAUAUCCUGCUGGAUGAGCAUGGUCAUGUCCACAUUACAGACUUCAAUGUCGCUACAGUGCUAAAGGACUCUGAGAAGGCCACAUCUAUGGCAGGAACUAAACCAUACAUGGCCCCAGAGAUGUUCCAGUCCUUUGUGGAUGGUGGUCCAGGUUAUUCUUAUCCAGUAGACUGGUGGGCCCUAGGCAUCACAGCAUAUGAGAUCUUACGAGGAUGGCGGCCAUAUGACAUUCAUUCCAGCACAGCAGUGGAUGAUGUCCUCAACAUAUUUCGCGGUGACCGCGUACGGUACUCAUCUACCUGGUCUAAAGGCAUGGUUGCUCUGCUCCGCAAGUUGCUCAGUAAAGAACCAGAGAGUCGUCUGUCAAGUAUUUUGGACAUUCAGAACAUUCCAUACCUGGCGGAUGUGAACUGGGAUGCUGUGUUGGAGAAAGCAGUUCCACCAGGUUUCACUCCUAAUAAAGGACGUCUGAACUGUGACCCCACCUUUGAGCUGGAAGAGAUGAUUCUAGAAUCGAAACCCCUGCAUAAGAAGAAGAAGCGACUAGCCAAGAGUAAAUCCAAAGAUGCCAAUAAAACCUCCAGCCCACUGCCCCCCCACCUGCAGCAGUGUCUAGACACUGUUACACAAGAGUUCAUCAUUUUCAACAGAGAAAAGUUAAAGAAGCAGGGUGACAGCAUGAAUAAAACAUCUUCACUGUCAGCAAUGGACAAACUGCAGGACGGACACAACGAUAACAACAACAACAACAGCAGCAUCCCUUUGAGAACAGCUAAUACUGACCAACUGCUAAAACUCAACAGCUGCUAAUUCUGACCAACAACUAAAACUGACCAAUAAUGGCCAAAUUGCCCUUGCUCUUCUGCCCUCCUGCUUUUCUUCCUCUGAGCUUCAUGACUAAAUAAUGGGUCCAGACACGUGCUGAAAUGUGGAAAAGUGGGACAGUGUUCUGACCUUCUGACCACAGUACUGUCCUCAAAUCCUCAAAACACAUAAACAAAGCAUGGAGUAGACACAGCACAAAACCAGCCCCUUUGCCUUACAGUGUGUAUGUGAUUAAGUGUGUGAGCAGUUUGUAAAGACUAAUUGAGUGACUGAAUGCAUCACUGUAGCUGUGUAGCCCAGUUAGCGUUUGCAUUAGCAUUAGACACCUUUAGCAUCUGUAACCCGCUUUGCUGACUCCUGUAGCAUCCAUCUGAUUAUGCAGCUGAUAUUUAUAUUUCUGUUACUCUGUGAAUAAAAUAUCUGUGUUAAAUAAACUUUAUGCAUACACUGUAAUAGAGUGAUGACUGGUGAAUCUGAUUAGAACAGCAAACAGUGAGAUUUUUUACUGAGCAGCUUCAGGCUGUUGUACAGUAUUCUUGAAUAUUGUAUUGUGAUUAUUUUAGUUUGCUGACAUUUCAGCUGUUAUUGUGAUAUGCAGAUUAAUAUGUGCAUUCCUUCAAUAUCAGAAAAUAAGAAUUUAAUAAAUGGGAAAUUAUAUCGAGAUACUAUAUAUUUCAUCUUAACAUAUCAUGUUUAAAGUGAUGGCAGCCUAUUGUCCAGCCUACAGGAAGCAAUGGUUUGGUGAAGAAAGAAAUUUACACUUUACCCUUGCUUUUAGUAAUCAGGUGCUGCAGGCCUUCAUACACUGAUUAGUCAAACAUUAUGUAUAAAUAAAUCAAUAAAAUGUAAACAAAGUCA